GAUAUUUGAAUACUAUAAUAGCUUUCAAACUGCCGAGCAACAAAAGUUAAGUAAACUAAACGUUUUCAACGUUUAGGUUGUGCUAGUAGCAAUAGCAAAACGCUUCAAAGUGACGGACAACGGUGACGGACGGUCACCACAGUCAACAACUUUUAUUAUAACCCCUAAAAUAAACCAAAAUGCCUCUAGACUAUCGGAGAUUUAAUGGCCCAGAAGACAGUGUAUCCUACAAACGUUUCACAAAAGACUAUUUCAAAACCUACGACGAACUGCACAAAGAUUUAAUAAACGAAAAAGGAUCACGGAAAGAUGGGCGCGCUCUAUCCGAAGCGCGAAGCAUGUUUGCGAGGACAGACAUGGUAUCGCAAGCAAAAGGGUCAGCAUAUGUAGAAUUGAAGAAAACUAAAGUUGUAUGUUCUGUAUUUGACCCAAGAGAAAUACCCCAUCAGAAUGAGUUCAGCCAACUUGGACAAUUGUACUGUGAAGUCAAGUUUGCUCCAUUCUCGUGUCCCCGCGAACGCAGACCGCACGCGCCAGACACUGAAGAGAAGGCAUUGUCCGUAGCUCUGAGACAGGCAUUGGAGCCAGCAGUCUGCAGGCAUUUGUUUCCUAAUUACCAGAUUGAUGUCUUCAUCUAUAUUUUGGAACAUGACGGAGCCUGCCUAGCUGCAGCCAUCAAUGCAGCAGGCCUAGCAUUAGGAGACGCUGCAGUCCCCAUGUAUGAUAUAAUCACUGCUUGCUCCUUAGCUGUCAUCGGAGACAAGACAUUCAUAGAUCCCACCGAGGCUGAAGAGCAUGUAGCCAUAAUGAGUCCAGGAAACAACUCUAACCAUGGAACGGUGACCAUGUCUAUGUUAUCCGGAUUAAAACAGAUAUCGGACUUUAGAUUAACGGGUUCUAUGGAUGUAGAAUGUACAACAAAUGCUAUAGAGAUUUUAGAAAAAGAGUGUGAUAGAAUUGUUCCGAAUAUACAGAAGAUUCUUGUUGUAAAUGUUGUGAACCGUUUGAAACAACAAGCAGUUUUAAAGGAGGAAGCUAAGAAGAGGGAAGAAUCAUUGAAUGUGAAGAUGGAGGAGUGGAAAUCAUUAUUAAACGCUGGACCCAAACCAAAAAAUCCAACGCAUAUUGUAUAUGCUUACUAUCACAGCAAUCAGAUAACAACGAUUGAGAACCUAGAUCUUUUAUACAAUUUAACUCAUUUACAUCUUCAAUGGAAUCAAAUAAACAAGAUCCAAGGCCUUGAAAAACUUCACAAAUUAAAGAAGCUAUAUUUGAGCCAUAACAGGAUUAGUGUGGUUGAGAAGUUAGAAACUCUGAAGUUUUUGGAAGAACUUCAUAUAGAGAAGCAAGAUACCAACAACCCGGACGGGCUGUGCUUUGACCCCAGAACAAUGAUAGCCAUUGGGUCAUCACUGCGAAUUUUGAAUGUAUCAGAGAACAAGCUCACAGAUGUUGCAUGGGCUAAACCACUCCGCCGAUUGGAAGUCCUGAUAGCUAAGAAGAAUAACCUAAAUGAUUUUUCCGACGUCGCGGAUAGUCUUUGCACAUUGAUAUCACUAGUGGAUGUGAAUUUCUUAGGCAAUCCAAUGACCAAAAAACAUCGAUAUAAGGAAACAAUCAUAGCAAGAUGUUCACAACUGCGGGUCUUAGAUACUGUGGUUUUGCACACUACAUCCAAAACUUUCCUCCGAAGUUUUGAUAAAGCGCUGCGACUACGUCAAAUGCAUGAAAAGAAUAAAAUCAGUAUGACACAACAAGGCGCAGAUGAAUUCCUCGAACUUAAUAUGUUGCCGGGACCACGAGCUCAUAGCGCCAUCACUAUUGCUGAGACGGAAACGAAUCGAAAAUCGAAUGUGACCGUGGUCGACGCUACCAGCAACUUUAUGCCACGCAAUAUUUGGAAUAGAACACUACCAUCUCCCAACGAAACUGUAGCUCCUCCGAGUGAAGCACAGAAAGGAAAAGAAGCUUUCACUGAUUCCUAUGAACAACCAAUCAAGGGAAUCUUGAAGAAACCCAUGCCUAUGAAAUAUAUUUAAUAAUGUAUAUCAUAAAUUCAUACUUAAA